UGAAAAUCAAACAAAGCAGGCUAAAACACGGUAUACUCGGCGCCUGCUGGCCGUCAAAUACGUCUCGGCUUAAACGUAGCUCCAAGACGCUGUGCGUCGACGCUUGCCUGCAAAGCAGCGGCACCGCGCGACCUCUUGCCGCUUAACACCACGCUGCUCUCCCAAAACCGCUGCUCCAGUAAACAAGCACGAUGCUCUCGGACUGCUACAGCGACCUCGUCCCCGAGACGGGCGAGCGGCUCUGCUGCUACGACGACGUCGACGACGCGGCGCCGCGCCUGCCGCUCGCGACGGCAUCCUUCGACGAGGCGGCGGAUCGUUUGGUCGUGGGCGACGCCGCCGGCGUGGUCUGGGAGAUUGACGGCGGCGCCAAGGGCGCGCUCGAGACGCACCAUCAACUUAGUGAUGCGCCGCUCACGCGCCUGGAGGCCGUGUUCCGUCUGCCGGGCUCGGUCAACGAGCCCGCGCGGCCGGGCGCCACGGGCGGCCGGCCGUGGGCCGUGGCGCGCUGCGUCCGGGGAACGAGAAAUGGAGACGUCCUGCUGGUCGGCGCGGCGCGGCGCGACGUCUGCGUCGCGUCCCUGAAGGGCGUUUCUUCGCUAAGCAACAAGAACACGUUCCUGGGCGGCGCAUCUGUCAGAGUCGUCUGUAGGCACGAAAGACGCAUCACGUGCGUGUCCGAGGCGUCGACGGUCGCCGUCGCGACGGGCGACGUGUCCGGCGAUGUGAGAGUUGCGGCGCUGUCGUGCGACGCGCUCGGUACGGGAUAUGACGCCGCGGAUCCGCUGAACGUGGAGCGGCGCGCGCGAAGCGAGGAGACCAUGGCGAAUGCCGAUUUAUUAUUAGAUCAGGGCACGGCCCAGGCGCCGCGCGCCCACCAGGGCGCCGUGACCGCCGUUUACCUCGUAAGAGACCCGCUCGACGCGCGCGUGGUCAUUUCUUGCGGUGUCGAUGCGAAGGUGCGGGUCUGGGCCUUCGGCCAGGCCGAAGGUGUUUUUGCGCUGACGCUCGCGCGCCAAUUGAGCACGGGCGAACACACGCCGACGUCUAUAUGUCCAUUAAAACGCACGGAGAUGCUGCUCGCCGUGGGCCACGCCGAAGGGUUGGUGAGCGUCUGGGCCGUCGACGAGGACGAGCCUUCAUUAAGAUCGCUCUGCGACGACGGGGGGCGCCGCGUCGUCCGGCUCGAGGCGCGCGAGGCGGCCGUCGUCGCGACGGACGACCAGGGCUCGAUCAUGAGUUUCGGCCUCGAGAAGGGCGGCUCGCUCGUGCCCAUGGGCUCGAUGAAAGGAGAGGCGCCUUAUUUGGCGCUCCGCGGGCUGGCGGAGGCCGGCGGCCCGACGGCCGUCGCCGCCGACGGCGCCCUCCUCCAGCCCUUCGCGCCGCCGCGCGCGCCGCCGCCCGAGGCCGAGGACGUCUUCGAGCGGCUCUCGCGGCCGACGACGCCGCGGCGGAGCCGCUCGCCGUCGUCUACAUCGCGGUCGCCGCGCCGCUACGCGUCGCCGCCGCGGUCGCCUCCGCCGCCGGCGCUCUUCGAGGCCGAAGCGCCGGCUUCGCCUCGCGGCGUCGCCUCGCCGUCUGCCCGCCGGCCGCCAGCGGCGGCGACGCCGCCGCGCCGCCCGUCGGCGUCGCCGCGGACCUCGCUGUCGCCGCGCCGCGCGCCGCCGCGCGGCCGCGGCGCCGCGAAGCCGGCGCCGGCGCGGCCGGCGGCGGGCCCGCGGCGGCCCCGGCGGUCCGCGAGCCCACGGCGGUCCCUGUCGAGCACGCGGCGAUCGCUUUCGCCGGAGGCCGCGCCGCGCGGCCGCGCGCCGACGCCGGCCGCGGCGCCCGUGAGGCGCAGAAGCCGCGCGCCCUCUCCGCCCCCGCCGCCCGGCAACCCGCCGCGGUCCGAAUGCGCCUCGGCCUUCGCGCAUGCACCGCCGCCGGGCGGCGACCGCACGCUCGACGAUUUGCGCGUCGAGGAGGCCGUCGCGCGGGCGCGGGCCCUCGCCACGAAGCAAAAGGAGGCCGAGGCCGCGGUCAAAGCCCGGGCCCGCGACUACGUCGAUGCCCAGUCCCGGCGCCAGCGGGCCUACGAGGCGCCCGAGAACCUGGUGCCCGUCGGCCUCGACGCCCAACCUCGUAGACGCGUCGUGCCCAAGCAGGUCGACGGCAAGUGGCUCGCGCGCCUCGACGCGCUCCGGCCACGCGAGGCCGACUUCCCCCUGCCCGACGACGGCGCCGACGCGCUCGCUGCUCGCAUUCCCGCGCCGUCGGCACCACGGGUGCGCGCCCAGCUCGCGCGCCUCGACGACGCGCUCGGCGACGCGGCGUACGCGUUUCCCGCGCUCGCGUUUUGA